GUAUUCAGUCGUUCGUUUACAGACUUUCAUUUCCCAUCCUAGCCCUCGUUCAUCUCUUUCGCGAGACCUCUUUGCCCUCCAAUUUCUUCCCCGAUCAAUUGCAGCCUUGCAGGUUGUCAAGGUGCAGCUCUGUAUUCCGCCGAUUGAGUUCCUUUGCCGAACGGGUUUACUCCAUUCAGCUAGCUAUUCAGAUUCAGUCAUUCAAAGAUCACCUUCAGACAAACGUCUUGGAUUCAGACAUUCAGACAUUGCCCAGUUGAUCAUUCAGUUAGUUGUGGCAACAUUGAUCGAUUGAUUAGAGAUAUGGCACUGCAGCGUUUCUGUCGAGCUUCUCACGGCUUCCAUCGUCACUCUCGGCCAUUGAUCAUAGCUGCUGCUCUAUUCAGACCCUGGAAUGCACAACACCCUAGCUCUGGAUUCAUUCUUAACUCCAGCAUAAACAACCACAACCCUUCCCUGCCUUCCUCUCCACACUCCUCUAGUUCCAUUCAUGACUCUGAAAAUUUCUACUGGAAGCUCUUCCAACACCCUCCUUUUUCUUUUUCCUUUUCAAAACUUGGACAUUUGAGUGUCCGGCAAUCUUUUCAGUUCUCUUCAUUAGCUAACACAGAAAAAACUAAAAAUGAGCACAAGUCGACUUGGGUUGAUUUGUAUUUGCCCCAAAGAGUCCGGCCAUAUGCCCAUUUGGCUCGACUUCAUAAUUCCAUUGGGACCUGGUUACUCGUUUGGCCUUGCAUGUGGUCAAUUACUCUGGCAGCAUCACCCGGGAGUAUGCCUGAUAUGAAGAUGAUCGUUCUGUUCGGUUGCGGAGCUUUGCUUCUGCGAGGUGCUGGAUGUACGGUCAAUGAUCUGCUGGAUCGUGACAUUGAUGUGAAGGUACAGAGAACAAUGUUGAGGCCUAUUGCCAGUGGAGUUGUGACACCAUUUCAGGGUCUGUGUUUUCUUGGCUUUCAAUUGCUUUUGGGUCUUGGGAUCCUUUUGCAACUAAACACUUUUAGCCGCGUUUUAGGAGCUUCUUCAUUGUUAUUGGUUUUCUCUUAUCCCCUCAUGAAGAGGUUGACAUUUUGGCCUCAAGCUUUCUUGGGACUAACCUUUAAUUGGGGAGCAUUAUUAGGUUGGGCUGCCAUUAAAGAUAGUCUUGAUCCUGCUGUUGUGCUCCCACUUUAUCUAUCUGGUGUGUUUUGGACCCUUGUCUAUGACACUAUAUAUGCUCAUCAGGACAAAGAGGAUGAUAUUAGGGUGGGGGUUAAAUCUACAGCCUUAAGAUUUGGGGAUUCAACAAAAGAGUGGAUUGCUGGGUUUGGAUUAGCAUGCACCAGUAGUCUCGCUCUGUCCGGGUACAAUGCUGAUAUUGGAUGGCCAUAUUAUGCCUUUUUGUUAGCUGCAACUUCCCAAUUAGCAUGGCAGAUUAAAACAGUUGACCUAUCCUCUCGUGUGGAUUGCAACAGAAAAUUUGUGUCUAACAAAUGGUUUGGCGCCCUCAUUUUCAGUGGGAUAUUAUUUGGGAGAGUCCUUGUAUAAUGCCCGGUCAGAAAAGUAAGACACAAGGCAUGUCCCCCCUUCACUUGCUGGCUCAGUCUCGAUCUCUACCCAGGGCCUUGGUUUUGGACUUUUGGAUAAACCCGUUGGGCGAGAAGUAGAUGGGUUCAGCAGAUAAUGGGUUUCAAACCAUCACUACUUAUGCUCCUUACAACGGAGCACGUGUAUUUCAAAAUACAUGUUUUUAUAUAGUUUUUAUAAUCUUAUCUGCUAGAUACAUAUUUUACAGCUUGAAAUCUUUACAGCGAUUUGUGUCCAUGGAAGAAUGCUACUCUGUUUUGGUGCCACAUUUUGCAUUCAG